AUGAAACUGAAUGUUAGUCAGUAUGAAGCACAACAGAUUAUUCAACAGUUAGAACAGUAUGCAGUCAACUUAGAAGAUAAAGUUAAUCGUAUACUAGCUGAAACUGAAGCAGAUCGUCAGCGUACUGGAAACUUAUUAAGACGUGCCGAAAACAUUAGGGAUAAAGCAAAAGAUUUCGCCGAACAAGUAAAUCAAUUAAAAGAAGCUGAUAAAAUAUAUCAAGAAUUAUCUGAAAAACCAAUUCUUCAAAAGGUUGAUGAUAUUGAACUAUUUGAUCAAAUCUCACAGUUAACAGAAAGAAUUGAUGGCUUCAAAAAUCAAGUGAACAUGUUUGCACACGACUCCAGUCUACAAUCAGAUAUGGUUAGAGAAGCAUCUGAAAUAGCACAGAAUUUACUGUCAAGUACAAAUGUUGCUAGACGUGAGACAUUGGACACACAACAACAGAUUGAACUUGUUGAAGUAUCCUUCAAGCAACUGGAUGAGAAAAUGUUAGAACUUGACAAUUUAAUGCGUCUUUUAGAUACAGGUGAAAAAAGACCUGAAGCAGAAAUAGGUGUACCAGAGACAACACUAACUGAUCCAACUAAAUUAAUGGAAGAAGUACAAAAUUUCACCAGUACAUUAGAAGAUAAUAGUGAUGAUGUGAAAAGUAUACUAAUAAAUUUAAAGAAAUUAGAAACUGAAAGUGAACAAUUAACUGAUGAAUUAAAAGGUUAUAUGGAAAAAAUGCAACAACUAAGUAUUCAUUUAUCACGUACUACAAAACACCAUCAAGUGUGCACUUAAAUUUACUGAUUAAAUUUAACCAAAACAACAACAAAAAUCAACUACAGCUUUAUUCUUAUUGUGUUUUUUUUCUACUCAAUACUACUAAUAGUACUACUA